CGAACAUCGUCGAUGAAUUGUCCCAAGCGAAAGGACAAUAUUAGAUGCAGUGGUCUCCAACUUAGCCUCAAAGCCUCUCAGAACGUGCAGGACUCGGAACGUGCAGACCUUCAUCUUCCCCCGAAGUCAAGUGUGGACAGGCGAACGUGCAACACAAAUCCCGAAUUCGAACGUACCAGCGGUAGCAAACAAGAUGACGGACGUGAUUCGCAGUGCAAUGAUCGAGCUGGGGCUGGACGCUGAUGAAGUGCCUAUCGAGUAUCGCAUCCAAGACGUGUUCGGCAGCUCUCGAUCGUACUGCUCGCACUGCCACCGCACAUGGAGCUCACACAUCUCCUGGGUGAAGAUGGACCUGAAGACGCAGCGCGUACUCAAGAACUGGAAGCAGCGCUGCUUGAACUGUAGCCAAGAGGUGAAUCCCUACAUCACCCCGGAGGAACUGAAGAGAAUUUCAACACUGGCUGUGAAGAGAGCACAGGCUCUCAUGAAUGGUACGUUCCGGCCCAUGUCGCACGCCCGUCGCACAUCGCCGCACAACACCACCACGUGCGAGAAGUGCAAGUACGGCCGUCGGCCGUGCUGGAUCGCCAAGACGCGGCCCAGCCUGUCCAUGGAGCAGCUGCAGAACUCCGUCGACGGUCUGGCAACGCCGGUGUCCAACCAGCGCUCGGCCAGCCCGCCGUUGGUCAAGCAGUACCUGAUCGACGACAUCUCCAGCAGCCUGGCGCAGAUGUCCCUUCAGCACGUCGUCGCCGCUCAGCCUCAGCCGCGGCACCACAUUCCCGUCGGCCAUGCCAUGCAGUAUCAGCCGUAUGGCAACACGGCCGCUGCCGCCACACAGCCUGUCUUCACCACCACGUCGACCAUGCAGCCAUCGGCCAUGGUGGCCACUGCACCAUAUGUUACUUACUACCCAGCCGCACAGCCCAUGGCCAAGGUCUACUAGGCUCACCGCCGACACCGCGAGGAACUCGAAACAGUAAGCUUCUGCCCCUGACACUGCCAUUGCCAUGCGUGGUUUCUUGAACGGCGAUCGUAAAGAUCCACGCUGUUGCCACAGAACGGGAGCUCUUUGCAAUGAGUUACCAUCAGCAACUGCAGUGGCAAGACUCGUCUUCAACCCCGUCUAACUCUGGCCCUUUUCAUCUAGAUAGUCUAGUGUCUUGCAUAGGGUGUUCAUCGUCGUCAUAGGAACCGUAACACUGCCGGUGCAUCGCAAUCCGCUGCUGGCUGCGUUCAGAGCACGGCCCCUGGGGCCUGUCGUAUCAUGAUGUAUGCGCACACCACUGACUAGCUGCUGCGCUUUAGAACUCAGCAGUCAUGGCCUUAAGGCAAUGAUGUCACACCCCCACUCAGUACACUGCAAGAUACAUCCAUUGCCCUAUACUUUUUGUCUAUCCUGCCUGAAAAUUGAAAACAACUGAUAAAAAAUGUACGCAUCUCAAUUCACCUCCGUCACAUAUUAUGUUCUCGUCAACUGCCCAAUUCAGCAUCAUUCACCGCAAGUCCAAUAGCUGCAGUCGUUUCUUCGAUAGAUUUUCUGCCCAAGUAAGGUAAACAAGAAUUACUUUAGAGGAUGUUCCUCAGCCGGACUGAGAGCUUCCAACUGCAAGCGGCUGGAACCAUACAUCUCCCAUAGCGAGAACUUAGAACAAAACACGCCUAAUUUCUUUCCUGUUUAACUAGUCACGGCUGCUACAUGCAUAUGUAUGUGUGCAUCCUCCAUGCAAGCCUUCUGUGUGUGUCCGCAUUAUCAGCUCAAUUUCGUCAUGCUCUCUAUAUACCCUACCGUACUCAGUUUGGGAUUGAAUCAAAUAUGUAGCGUGUAUAUU